CACAACCCAUUUUUCGGCAAAUAUGACCACUUGUUCUCUUCCCUUACCUCCAAGCAUUAAACUCCAGGGGCAGCAGCGGGCGGCUUCUUCUUCUUCUGCUUCUGUUAUUUAUUGCCACCGUUCGCUACCUUCGUCAACCUUCAGAGCUCAUUCUUGGUCUGGACGCUGCCGCGCCACCAGUCCUGGGCCGACUUCACCACCGCCGGAAUCUGGGCCAAAUUCCAGGAAACCUCCAGCUCCGUCUUCAGGUGUUGCCGCAAAUUUCACCAGAUUUCAGGAUACUGUGCAGAUCUUUUUCUCUGUGCUAUUCUGGAUGUCUCUUUUCUUCUGGUCUUCUGCAUGGGAUGGGAAAAAUAAUGACAGACCAAACAAGGGACCUAGAUUUUUGAUAGGUCCCAGUCAAAUGCGCAUAAAAUGAUGAAAAAAUAAUUCUCUUCGGGUGAGAAUUGUACCACAACUAGAACAUUUUUGGAUAAAUAUUUCUCUGCCCUUUUAUUAGAACUGAAACUGUGGUUUAUAUAGGGAAAACCACGUUCAAAUUACAUGCAAGAAUGGAGGGAAAAUUCCUAAGAAAUAGCUAACAGAAGGAUAAUGCAAAACAAACUGCUAGAACAUGCAAAACAGGAAAUGAGAACAGGAAAAUAAAAAUGCUGGAUUUUCUCAACACGUCCUCUCAUCCUUCACCCUAUCAAUUUUGAAAAUAAUUCUGUAAGCUCUUGUCCUGUAUAUACUGAUAGAAGCUAGAAAUACCAAGAAGAAGAUGAAGUGGUCGGAAUGGUCGUAAGACAUAUAUGCAUGAUUACAAUUUGUAUUAGUGAAUAAAGUGUAGCUUGUAAGUUUUGCCCUUCUAAUCUUUAUUUUCAAAUUGGGUGCCAAUAAAUUUUACAGUCUUUGAAUUCUUCCAUAAAGUAUUGUACUUUUUGAAGUAAAAUAAAAUGAGCCCUUCUUUUCUUUCUGCCA